AGGUAUGAUGACUUUUAGCAUCAGUUCUCUUUUAGAAUCCACAACGCAAACAUCGCAAUCACUUCACUAUGCUGUGCAAGAUUAUCUUCAUUGCUGCCAUAGUAGCUAUUGUUGUUGCUGACAACAGCGACCAUGAUUACCAUUCACAUCCCAGCUAUAAGUUCGAGUAUGGAGUAAAGGAUGCUCACACCGGAGACCACAAGAGCCAGUGGGAACAUCGGGACGGAGAUGUCGUCAAGGGAGCUUACACUCUGGAUGAAGCCGACGGAACCAAGCGAGUGGUUGAGUACUCGUCCGACAAGCACAACGGCUUCCAGGCUCACGUCAAGCGAGUGGGUCAUGCUGACCAUCCAGCCGUCUAUGGACACCAUGAGGCUGGACACUCGUACAGUCAUGGACACGGUCAUGGACAUGCCAGCAGCUACGCCAAUGGCAACCUGCACCAGUAUCAUCAUUAAGCAGCGUCUAUGAUCGUUCCGUUUUAGUUCCUAAAAAUAUUAACUGAAUAAAACCAAGUUUUCAUACUAUGAA